AUGGCAGAAUCCCAUCACAGUGACCCGUCUGGGAGCAAAAGUUCCAGGGCUUUGGACUCAUUGCAAAGAGCACAUGAUCUGGCCGAGGCGAUUGGAAACAAGCUGUGUAUCCUGAAGGUGCACAGUCUGUGUGAAGGCAUCUACCGCUGUAAGGAGCAGCAGGAUGAGUUGAGAGAGCAGGUGGUGAAGUUCCUGCAGUGUGUGGAAGAGCUAGAGCUCUACUGUGGCAUGUGUGGGGAGUCUAUCGGAGAGAGGAACCAGCAGCUGCAAGCCUUGCCCUGCUCUCACAUUUUCCACCUCAAGUGUCUGCAGACAAACGGCACAAAGGGCUGUCCAAAAUGUCAUCGUUCCUCAGUUAAGCUGGGUUUUGUAUGAGAUUACACUCCCGCCUUGGACAAAAUGGCAGAAUCCCAUCACAGUGACCCGUCUGGGAGCAAAAGUUCCAGGGCCUUCUUUCAGGAAGCUUUCUAACUGGACAAAAGGAGAGUUUCCGGUAUAUUCCAUCCUGUCUUUAUGGUAACUGGGAAUAAUGUGGAAAUGACAGGAUAUGGGAAUAGUUCAACACAGAGACGUCAUGAAAGACUACAGAUAUUUCUCUGAACUGACCUUAUAAUGCUGCAUUGGUGUAAGACAGAAACAUUAAAAACAGCUUUUUGGACC